AGUUGGUCUGAACUGACCAGUUGCGUAGCUAAGUCCGAAAGUCUCAAUGAAAACCCAGUUUCCAACAGGGAGCCUAUUCGCGUACUUGAUAUGUUGGAUGUCAAAAUAUUUCCAAAUCAAGAAGAUCAAACGGAAAUCUCGACGUCCAUCAAAUCGAAGGCGAGUUAAACUGUUUCGUGCAGUUUUAUGGAAAGAUAAGAUUGAAAUUAAGUAUCCGAAUUUGAUUUCAUUUAUUUUGUAAUUAGUUAAUUCAAAAAAUUUAAUAUAAUGGCAAUUUUGUAAAUAGGUGGCAAGUUCAGGAUUUAUUUGUUAAAUGUACUUGCAAAAUGUAUAUAUAGAUAUAUAGAUAUUAUUGUCUCCAAGUCUCAUUAAAAAAAUAUUGCGAGAAUUUAUGUGUAUAUUCCUUAAAAAUAGUAGUGUAAAAAUAUGUAGCUGGAGGAGGAGACUUGAAUUGUAAUUUUCAUAACCAUUUUAGAAUUUGGGUUUAUACGUAUACUACAUAAGGAAAUAAAAUAUUAUACCAGUAACGACAUUAACUCGACAUAUGGAACCAUUUUAGUAAUAUAUAGAUAUAGUUACCUUAUAACAACAGAUUAAAAAUCCAAAUGAAAAUCUUCAAUCCAUUAUAAAUAUACACCACUAGCUCUCGUUCAUUUUAGCAUAAACAGCUUCAUUUUUUUUAUUUUUUUUUGUCACGAGUUUACAAGAAGGUGACCAAACAUGUUUUCGUCAAGUCGUACAAAAAACCUGACUUGUGGGUUUAAAGUGAACACCAACUCCCCUGAAUGGCACAAGAGCAUGACGAAAAUCCUUAAGAAAAUCAGAGGAGGGAAUUUUUGGAUAGACGUGGAUGAAGGAAUGGCAUACGUAACGGGUCAAGGAGAUCCAAACAAGCUACUAAAACUUAUGGGUUCGAAGAGAGGCAAAGAUGCUGAAAUGGCGUUUGUGAAAACCGGAACACAUCAUCAUCGACCUCAUCAUGAUCCUAACUUUUGCAACAACUAUCCAAGUUCUUUCUUUGGUGGGCAAUCAGCAACGCCAUAUUGGCCAGGGUACUAUCCACAAGGGCAGGGAAUGGUACCUUUUCAACAAUACCCAUUCGGAUAUAGUAACUACGGUUAUUAUUAAACCUUUUGCAGAGGAUUUUUUUUCUAUUACAUCGAGAUGGAGCAAAACCCUUUAUUUAUUUUUUACUAAAUUAGGGUUUUAAUUCUGCUUGUAUCCGAAAAUCAAUAGUUUUUUGUUUUCGUUUUUUGAAACUUUAGAUGCAUGGAUAUUCUCUCUGCGUUUUAUUAUUAUCAGCGGAAGAGAAUCUAGGAGAAUUGAUUUUCUCUUUUUCUUUUUUGUUUUGGU